AUGUCCAAGUUAAAUAACCAGAAGUUGAUGACUAAUGCUGAUAUUCCAAGUACUUUGACCCGAUGCCUUGAAAGCCUCGAAAGAGUUGAACAGGAACACCCGGAUAGCAACUCCACCACAGAGGCACUCAAACAGAUACUCAAUGCUGCGUACCAAGUUGAGAUAACAGUCCGAUCAAGUUCUACUUUCAUCCAUUUACUCCUCCAAAGAAUGAAGCAGAUUGUCCAGGGUAUGCCGUGGAGCCAGAGUCCCCGUAUUGAUGAUGAUUGGAAGAAAAAAGUUGCUGCCGAGAUGUUGGCCAGUCUAAGUGCUACCAGAUUAGCAAAGAGCAUAUCAUCCCAGAUCAAAGAUCGUCUUAACAAAUCCCACGAUGCCUUUCUGACAGCACUCAAGCAACUGGAAAUGAAGCACUCGGGACGACUUACUAAGAUCGAAGAGGAGCGGUUGAAACUACGGAAAGUGCAUGCACCGAGAGUUGCCAAGGUUGCGCUUGAAAGCACCUCGCUAAAAGAUGUCAUACUUUAUGGUAUGCCGCAGAUGGGGCGAGAAAUCGGCCGUGGUCAAUACGGAGUUGUCUACUCUUGUGACUCAUGGGCAAGUUACACCCCCUGUGCCAUAAAGUCGGUUGUUCCCCCGGACGAGAAACACUGGAAUGAUCUUGCUCUUGAGUUCUUCUACACAAAGAAUAUCCCCGACCAUGACAGAGUCGUUAUGUUACGUGGCUCUGUUAUCGACUACAGCUACGGAAGUGGUACUCCCGCUGUACUGCUCAUCAUGGAUCGACUUCAGAGAGAUCUGUACUCGGCAAUCAAACAAAAUCUGGACUGGGUCUCAAGAUUACAGGUUUCUAUCGAUGUGGUCGAGGGGAUACGGUUUCUUCAUGGUCAGGGCCUUGUUCACAGAGAUAUUAAACUGAAAAAUGUCCUAUUGGAUAAGGACAAUCGUGGGAAAAUCACAGAUCUUGGUUUCUGUAAGCCAGAGGCAAUGAUGAGCGGGAGUAUUGUGGGUACUCCAAUCCAUAUGGCACCCGAGCUGUUUUCGGGAAGAUAUGACAGCAGUGUGGAUGUUUAUGCAUUUGGAAUUCUGUUUUGGUACAUCUGCGCGGGAAGCGUCCGUCUGCCACAGAAUUUCGAACAGUGCGCCAACAAGGAACAGCUUUGGAAUUACGUAAAAAAUGGUUUAAGGCCAGAGCACUUGCCCGUGUUCGACGAUGAAUGUUGGGACCUGAUGUCGAAUUCUUGGGAGUGUGAACCAGCCAAACGCCUGCUGCUCGGGGAAGUGCAUGCAACACUCCAGGGCAUCUACGACAGAUAUCGAAACAAACCAGGCGGACCAACGAAAACAGCGAAAGAAUCCCCACCAAAACCGUUGACCCAAAAGAAUGUGAAAUAUAAAUUGAAGGACAAGAAGUGA